CUGCUACUGCAAGCCUGAGGCAGCACCAUGGAUACUUUCCAAGAGGCGUUUCACAAGAUGGAGAAGAUCGGGGAGGGCACCUAUGGCGUGGUGUACAAGGCCCGCAACAAGCGUACGGGGCAGCUGGUGGCCCUCAAGAAGAUCCGCUUGAACGCGGAGACAGAGGGCGUUCCCAGCACCGCCAUCCGAGAAAUCUCACUGCUAAAGGAGCUGAAGCACCCCAACAUAGUCAGGCUCCUGGAUGUUGUAUAUGGACAGAAGAAGCUCUAUCUAGUGUUUGAGUAUCUGAACCAGGACCUGAAGAAAUAUCUAGAUUCAUCCCAAACCAGAGAGUUUCCUUUAAGCUUGGUCAAGAACUACCUUUUCCAGAUGCUGCAGGGUGUGAGCUUCUGCCACUCACACAGAGUUAUCCACAGGGACUUGAAGCCACAGAACUUGCUCAUUAAUGAAGCAGGAACAAUCAAGCUGGCUGAUUUUGGACUGGCAAGAGCUUUCGGAGUCCCCCUGCGCACAUACACUCAUGAGGUGGUGACUCUGUGGUACCGAGCCCCUGAAAUACUGCUGGGAUGCAGAUACUACUUGACUGCUGUGGAUAUCUGGAGCGUCGGCUGCAUCUUUGCAGAAAUGCUUACCAGGAAGGCCCUGUUUCCAGGGGACUCUGAGAUCGAUCAGCUCUUCCGGAUCUUUCGCACCCUGGGCACUCCCACUGAGGUGACCUGGCCUGGGGUGACCCAGCUGCCUGACUACAAGGGGACCUUUCCUCGGUGGACAAGGAAGGAGAUGAAGGAAAUUAUUCCCAACUUAGAUCGAGAUGGUAGAGACUUACUGGUGCAAUUGCUCCUGUAUGACCCCAGCAGGCGCAUCUCAGCCAAGGCAGCCCUCAAUCACAAGUACUUCUGGAGAAGUCCUCAGAGCCCUGAAGAGUGCCGCGCACCGCAGAGACACCGCAAAUGAGAAGACACAGCUCUCCCCGUGCACUUCCAGCUCCGGGUAGCAGCGGGACCCAGGGUCUCAUUUCUCGGGAGGAGCCUGGAGAGGGACGUUCUUGCAUUUAGAGAUUCUCAGCCUGUUGCUGGGGGCAAGUUUGUCUGGUUUACUGCUAGCUGUUUUACAGAGGUCAUGUGCAAAAGGGUGAGGGGUUAUUUAUCAGUGUAAAACACUGACAUAUGUAGAUGAGAGAGCAUCUUUCAGAGGUUUGUCCUUGUGUUAAUCAGCGAGCUAAGGGGACACAGUGACGUCUGUCUGUCCAGCACUGAAGCAUCCCCAGGUCUGUCGGUGGCAAUUUCUGACACCAGGGUGUGCUGGAGCUCCACGUUGGGCUGGGGAGAGCUUCCCUGCCCGGCCCUUUGCUGCUGAUUUAAAAGGCUGGGUUUGUCAGCACUAGACAAGUUGUUUAAUCUGAACUGUUGAACAGAGCUGACAUUCUGCGGUUUCACAAGCUGAAGAGCCCUGUCAGGUGUCUUAAUUUGUGCCGCAGAAUGGACUGCGAAGCCAAAAGAUCCAAUUAUCAUAAAGCACACGUUGCAUUUUGCUGGAAGCAGUAACAGCUAAAACACUGGCUUUCCAUCAUCCAACCAGAUCUAACACUGUUUCCUUUGCUUCAUUGUCUUGGGCAUGUUUUUGCUGUUCAAAUGUUUGAAGAAUCGUCAAACUUUUGGUGUGGUUUUGACAUUUUUUU